GUGUUUUGUUCUGCACUGUACUCAGCAGUAGGACCGUACUUAAGGAUUUACCUGAAAUGAGGCCACACCAAACAGUUCGAUCAGCUUUCGGGGUUCGAAACCAAAUGAGCGGGGUGGAAGAGAGGAUCAGCUGAUUUUGAUUUGAUAUCGAUAGUGACGCCAAAGUGAAGCUGCCAAAAUGUCGCAAGUUCAGCAAUUGCAUCUGAAAUCCCCGCCAGAAACGGCUGGAGCAGGAGCAGGAGCAGGAUCUCCUCAAGCAGCCGCUUCGGUGGCCGUGGCGGCCGAUGCCAGCGAAACGGAGCUUUUGCUGAAGGUGGUCGUGGAAAUGGGCUAUCCGGAGGGCGAGGCUCGCCUGGCACUGGCCCAGAGCAACAACAACGUGCAGCGGGCGGUACAGAUCUUGGUGGAGGGAAUGGAUGAUGGCGAGUCGCGUAAGAGGCGUGGCAAUCGCAAGCGAUUGAGGCAGCUGCGCAGCUCCCUUAUGGGGGAUCCACUUGCCACGGAUAACGCCAUCGUCGAGAUGAUGCGGGAUCAGAGGAUCGCACAGGCGCUGGCCGAGUUUGUGAACGGGAGCAGUGUGCAGGCCAUGCAACUGCUGCUGGCCGAGGAAGAGGAUGAGCUGGAGGACGAGCUGGAGGAGGAGCAGGAGCAGCUGGAAACCAGCCAGGAGCAGACAUCCACGUCUGCCGAAAGUUCGCCGCACAGCAACUAAAGGGAAACCAGUUGCUAGUACUGCUUACACCUAUAAGUACAUCCUUUUUCAUGGAUUUCUUAUAAUAUGUUUUAAGUUUUCAUGUAAAUCUUGGUUCUUAUGAUCACUCCAGUCAAUUGGCAAUAUGUUUUCACAACAUUAAGGGUUUAGUUUGUACUGAAGGUAAUUCAACUUCUUAUUUCUUUCAAUUUCUAAGGAGAUGUUAGUUUUUAAGCCACUUUGAAGUUAAUACAAGUUCUUUAUAAUUAAGUCAACUUUAUGGUGUACGUAUGCAUAUCAUAGUACUUAAAGCUAUUAUUAAUCCAUCAAGAAGGCAAAUGUCAAGCCGAUCAGUUUGUUUUAAUAUCUGAAAAGUGCCAUAUUAUAGUUCAGUUUCAAUUGAGGAAUUUUAUGAUAUUUGAAGUAAAGAUAUGAUAUGAUAUGAUGAUGGUUGUCCCUCUUUGGGAAUCCUUUGUUUGGAAAUCUUAAUCCAUGUUUUAUAAUAAAUAUGCGAACAUUAAACAGCA